AUGUCGGACGGGCCCGUGCCUCACACGCCGGGGGCCCUCCGCCCCGAGGAGAUCAUGACCGACGACGAUUUUGUCAAAGCCAUCGAAGCGAUGGCCGAAGUAGGCCAAAGCGAUUGCGACAUCGGAGAAUUAUUAAAGGCUAUGAACGAGAACCGAAUCAUAUCAUGGGAGGAGGCUGAGCGAAUCUUGAACGACACCGGCACCGCUCCAGUGAAAAGCAGUUUGCCGGAGCAGACCCGACCCACGGAGCCGGACAACGACACCGACGUUGAGCAGUGCGUGCAACGACUUCUCGACAAUGAUCCCACCCUCAAAGAGGUCAACAUGAACAAUAUGAAGCGAACGCCAAUUCCGCAAAUUCGACGACUACUCGAGGCAUUGGCUUAUAAUGAACAUUGUGAACGACUAUCACUAGCAAAUAUGGGUCUUUACGACAAUGAUGUUGCAGUCUUAUUGCCGGUAAUUGAAAUGAAUACUGCCUUGAGGAAACUAAACCUGGAAACGAAUUAUUUGAGCGGUGACUUCUUCGCAAAACUUUUCCGAGCGGCGCUCGUUAAUCAGACUCUUGAAGAAGUAAAGGCUGUGAAUCAGGGUGUUUCUUUCGCAACACUAGCUGAAAAGGAGAUCAUCGAAUGUAUUGUAGCAAACACUGGAUUACUAAAGAUCUCGGUGAAUCUCCGACUUCCCGAAGGACGACACAAAGUUGAAAAUGCGACGUUGAGAAACGGCGAAUACAAGCGAGUUCUGCGUCGCGAGGCGGCAAGGAAGGCCGCAUGGGAGGCCGAGGAGCUGGCGAAGAAUCCCGUGGUGAGGCCUUGA